AAUGUAGGUUUUAACACCAGCUGAUCUAAAAUCAGAAAAAAAAGUAAUUUUAUAUGGAGCCACACAUUGUCCUUAUUGUUCAAAGGCAAAGGCCCUUUUAACAAGCCUUAAUAUAGAAUUUGACUAUAGAGGAACUGAUGUGUCAGCAUAAUUUGAAUAAGAAAGAUCAGCAUUAGGAAAACACUUAAAUUAUGAGACUAUCCCUAUGAUUUUUGUAAAUAAUCAAUUCAUAGGUGGCAACUCAGAUUUGCAUGAGCUUCAUGAGAAAGGAGGUCUUUUGCCAUUGUUAAAAUGAAA